AACAGUUCAGCUUCUUCAGUUAUUUCUUUGUCUGCCACGAGUGAGGAGCUGCUCUUGGUUUGGUUUUUGGUGUGUUGUGAAGAGUUCGCUAAGGUCUAAGGUCCUGUGUGCGUGAAUCACCGGAAGUGAAAGGAGUGGAAGGAGAAUAGUCGGAGUUUUCAAGUGUCGAAGAAGGUGUGUCGGCGGGACGUAAAGUGCAAGGUCCAGUUGGAUUAAACUCGGAGGUUCCUUACCGAGAAAAACAAAAAGAAAAGAGCAAAAAGAGGAACACCCGGUAAUAAGGCAGGAAGCAAGCAAUUCGUGAAAGAACCGAACCCCCCGAAAGCCAAAAAAAACCCCAACACAAAAUGUCCGAGGCAGUCGAAGUCGAGCAGAUCAUCGAAACCAAGCCACGAAAGAUGGCCCUGCCCACCAGCCUGGACAAGGAAGCGAUCCGGGAAGCGUACGAGGACAUCCGGUCCAACCUGACGGACAACGAGUGGGCGGUGUUCAAAUUCGACGGCCUUAAGAUCGUGUGCGCGGCCAAGGGCCUGGGCUUUGACGAGUUCUGCGCCGAGUUUGCGGACAACGAGCGCGCCUUCGGCUACAUCCGGAUACAGAUGGGCGACGAGAUGUCCAAGCGCAGCAAGUUCCUGUUCCUGACCUGGAUCGGGCCCGAGGUGGGCGUGAUGCAGCGCGCCAAGAUGAGCACCGACAAGUCAAUCAUCAAGGAUGUGAUCAAUAACUUUGCCGUCGAGCUGCAGGUGGAAACGAGUGCCGACCUCAACCUGGAGAUGUUCAAGGAGCAUCUGAACAAGGCCGGCGGUGCAAACUAUGGCACGGGUGUGCGCGAGCUGUAGGUUGACCAAUUCAUCACCCCCACACAAGCAAAACAAAACCAGCACUCACACACUCCCACACCACAUACUUCCACCAGGAUUUAAAAAGAAAACAAUGUCGCUAAUUAAUAGGAUAUACGAUUAGAAGAGGAUCAUCAUCCAAGGCAGGCACGCGUCGUAGGUUUUUUUUCUGUUCAGGAAGAAGAAGAACAAAACAAGCAUGAUCAAGGAUGCCCAUUUUCAUGUACUAAGUAAGGGGCACCCCCACAUUAACUGUGUUUACUAACAAAAAAAACAAACAAAAACUAUUUAUAACAAGUUUCGCUUUCUUCUAAUUUCUUCUCAAACCCUUAAAAAAGUAUUUAUUCGAAAUUGUGAUUUUGAAAGACAGUUGACAACCCGAAAUUCGGAAGCAAACAUUUGGACGACGAUUUUCAUUUUAAGGUUAAAACACAAGGACAAGCAUGAUCAAAAUAUGGACGUAUCUAUCUCAAUGAUUAAACUGUAGUAGGAAAACUAAAACACACACAAUCACACAAUUAAUUAAUGAAUAUGCAACGUGGAACGCAAAACAUUGAAAGGAAACGAAACUGCAAUAUUAUCAUAUUAAUUGGACUAGUUGUUAAGUGCGCGUAUGCAAAAUAAAGAAGAAGAAGAA